AUGUCGACUCGUAAAGGGGGAACCAAUGUAGCUUACGAGUGUCCCCAUCUUCCUACGUGUUAUGAUCCCAGUAGCAAAGGCAAACCUUGCCAAGAUUGCAAUGGUUUGAACCUGACCGGUGUUCGCAACCAUACUCUCACCACCAGGCAACAUGCGUUUUGUGCCCCUGGGUGCCCGGUCUACAAAUUGACAGAUCUGAGUCAAAUCGAAUUCAAGAGGAAGAAAUGUUCGACAACAACCGAUUUGCCCGGUUCAUCCAAUGUCACUCAAACUCGUACUUUUAAGAAAUGUUCCACAGCAACUAAUUUGCCCGGUUCAUCCAAUGUCACUCCAAUUCAUACUUCUAAGAAAUGUUCGACACCAACCGAUUUGCCUGGUUCACGCAAUGUUACUCGAAGUCGUACUUCUUCAACCGAACGGUCUCCUUCACCCUCUGUUCGUGCAGGAAACACUUUACGAAUGCGACAAAGAGAACGGACAUAUGAGGGAGCAGUAUCUACCAACCAGGGCGGCAGCGGCGAGCCAAGUCUUCGACGAAGCGGUGUUUGGAGCACCUCUGCAUGCAAUCCUGUACAGGAUAAAUUCUCUGGAAUGAGCAUCAAUCCGGAAAAGUUUACCCUUCAAGAACCUCAUCAUUCCUCUCCGAAAGCCUCUUCCUUCACUCGAGAAACAAAUCGAAAUUCCAGCAAUGUGCCCGGAAAUUCUAGAUCGAAAAACUUAAUCGGGGACAUGUCAACUGCCUUUGCUGGUCCUCAUCAUACCCAAUUGGAAAGUAGCUCGGCUCCAAACCCAGGUGUGGCCAACCAGCUCCAUGCGUUGAUCAAUUCUCGAAUCUCGAAAGAGGUAGAACCGUUGAUGUCUGAUUCUCUUAUUUUAGAUCCUGCUGCCCAGGCCAAGAAUAUCUGUUAUGAGAAACCUUUCCGCUGGGAUUGGAAGUUUGGGGCACUUUUGGUGGUAUCCUCGAUACAUAUUUUCUGGUUCAUCCGGGCAUGGUGGGAUGAAUAUACUCAUGCAGAUUAA